GUCUCUUUAAGAAGCCGGCUUCUCCCGUCCGCGUGUUCUCCCGGUGCCGCUGUAGGUUUCCUCCAGGACGGUGUUGAAACUCUGUGCUGUCAGUAGAACUUAUUCCUGAUAAAGACGACAUGUCUGAGGGACUGGAGCAGAUCCUGGAGAAGAUCUUGGCGCAGCUCACACUCCCUGAUAAUGCGGUGAUUCAGCAGGCCACUGCUCAGCUGAAGCAGGCCUUCAAAGACCCUGCUAUAAUCCCUGCUCUGUGUGCGGUCAUGACUGGAUCCACUGAUCCACAGAUCCGACAGUCAGCGGUGGUGAUGUUGAGGAUGAGAGUGAAGAAGCACUGGAAGAAGAUCAGUCCUGAGCACAGAGAAAGUCUGAAGGAGGUGGUCCUGCAAGCUUUCCACCAGGAGACACAGCACACAGUGCGCUACUCUCUGUCUCAGCUCAGUGCUGUGAUGGUGAAACAUGAAACACCUGACCGCUGGCCUGCACUGUUCGCACUGCUGACCGAGUCCACCAGCAGCACCGAUCCCCACGACAGGCAGGUGGGUUUGUUGUUGCUGAGCAAAGUGGUGGAAUCCAAUCCAGAGCCCUUCAAACCCCACUACAAGCAGCUGCUGCAGCUGUUUGGUGUUGUGCUGCAGGAUGUGACCAACACCACCGCCUUAUACUACUGCAUCCUCACCCUCACUGCCAUCACCGCCUACACCGGCACAGAGGAGAUGAACCUGAUGCGCUCGUUAAUCCCGAAACUGUUGAUCGCUCUGAAACACCUCGCCCAGGCUGACCAGGAUCAGGCCAGCGAGGCGAUGGAGGUGUUCGAUGAGCUGAUGGAGAGCGAGGUCUCUAUCGUGGUCUCGCACAUUCCUGAACUGGUGCGCUUCUUUUUGGAGGUGAGUGCAGAUGUUUCCCUCAGCGGUUCCCUGCGUGUCAAAGCCUUGUCCUGUACGGCUCUCCUCAUUCGACUCAAGAGCAAGACUGUGUUAAAGCAGAAGCUUCUGGCCCCGAUCCUGCAAGUGGUGUUUCCCAUUUUGUGUGCAACACCUCCACCUGGUGAGGAGGACCCCGAGGACGAGGAGAAGGCAGAAGGUGACGAUGACAGUCAGAGUCCCAAACACUUCGCCGCUCAGGUGAUUGACACGAUGGCCCUUCACAUGCCACCUGAGAAACUUUUCAACCAACUGAUGCCCCUGACUCAGGCCUGCCUGACCAGCGAGAACGCGUACGAGAGGAAGGGAGGUCUCAUGUGUCUCGCCGUGCUGGCGGAGGGCUGCGCCGACCACAUCCGCACCAAGUUGCUGUCGUCCAUGCUGGAGACCGUGUGCCGCAGCCUGUCGGACGCCAACCAGGUGGUGCGCAGCGCGGCGCUUUUCGCUCUGGGGCAGUUCUCCGAGUACCUGCAGCCGGAGGUCAGUAAAUACCACACAGAGCUAAUGCCACUGUUACUGGGAUACCUGUCUUCUCUGAACGAGGCCAGAAUCGGCCAUGUCACCAAAGCUUUCUACGCCCUGGAGAACUUCCUGGAGAACCUGGAUGAAGAUAUUCAGUCUUACCUGCCCACUCUUAUGGAGACCAUGCUGUCAGCGUUGAACACCACCACCAACCUGAAGCUGAAGGAGCUUUCCGUCAGCGCCAUUGGCGCCAUCGCGAAUGCCGCCAAAGAGAUGUUGGUGCCGUAUUUCCCUCCUGUAAUCGAGAGCUUGAAGGGUUUCCUGACGGACACGCGAGAUGAAAUGAGGUCACUGCAGACUCAGGCUUUGGACACGCUGUCGGUGUUGGCGCGCACCGUCGGGAAGGAUGUGUUCGGACCGCUGGCUGCGGAAUGCGUGCAGCUCGGUCUGAACCUCACAGACGCCGUAGAUGAUCCAGACCUGCGCCGCUGCACGUACAGCCUGUUCUCCGCCGUGUCCACGAUCAGUCCAGAAAGUGUGGACCCUCAUCUGACCGCAGUCACGACACUGAUGCUCAUGUCCUUAAGAUCUACAGAGGGCGUGAUGACUCAUCUCGAGGAGGACAAGCAGUUCGUUCUCCUGGAUGACGACGAUGAUGAUGAUGAUGAAGGCGACGCUGUGUUAGACGAUGGAGAGAACGAGGCGGAGGACGUUUCCGGCUUCAGCGUGGAGAACGCGUACAUCGACGAGAAGGAGGACGCGUGCGACGCCCUGGGGGAAAUCGCCUUCAACACCGGUGCUGCGUUUCAGCCCUUCUUGGAGACGAGUUUUGAGCAGGUCUUUGGUCUCUGUGAUUUUCCACAUGAGAACGUGAGGAAAGCAGCAUUCGGUGCCCUGGGUCAGUUCUGCCGAGCUCAGCACAAAGUGUGGCAGGAAAAUCCGACUGAGGCUAAUCAUCAGGCGCUGCAGAAGCUCCUGGACGUGGUGAUGCCCUGUUUCCUGGAGGCGGUGAAGAAGGAGCGUGAGCGGCAAGUCGUCAUGGGAGUCCUAGAGGCCAUGAACGGCGUCAUCAAGUCGUGCAAGGGGGAGGCGUUAAAGACCCCGGAGAGACUGGCCGAAGUCAGCCAUGCCAUCCGAGACGUUCUGAAGAAGAAGACCGUGUGUCAGGAUGGAGGAGGAGACGAUGAUGAUGAAGAACAGCAGGCGGAGUAUGAUGCCAUGCUGCAGGAGUUUGCCGGGGAGGGAAUUCCCGUCUUGGCUUCAGCGGUUCCAGCAGAAACCUUUUAUUCCCACCUGAAUGAUCUUCUGCCUCUGAUCAUAAACAAAGCCAAGUCCUCCUGCACGGUGGCGGACCGCUCGUUCUCCGUGGGCACGCUGAGCGAGACCCUGCACUCUCUGGCGGGCGUGUCCGGGGGCAGGGCCGUGGCGGGAAAACUGUCCAAUCGGCUGCUGCCGGUGCUCGUGGCCGCUGUCCGAGACGGCGACGCAGAGGUGCGCAAUAACGCCGUGUUCGGCUUGGGAGCUCUCGCGCAGGCUGCAGGACCCAUCAUCUCCUCCGAUUACCCCAUGAUGCUGUCUCUCUUCUCCAACCUGCUGCUGAAAGAACCGGACAGGAGAGUGAUCGAUAAUCUGUGUGCCGCGCUGUGCCGGAUGAUCAUGAGCCACACCGAGGGGGUUCCUCUGGAGCAGGUUCUCCCUGCUCUUCUGGAACGUCUGCCUCUGAAGGAAGAUCUGGAGGAAAAUAAGACGGUGUACAGCUGCCUGGCGUUCCUCUACUCCCAUAACCCAGCGCUGCUCGUCAGCCACGUGAAGCCGAUCCUCUGUGCCUCAGCUCACGUCCUAGGAACGAAGGACAUCGACGCAGACACCCAGAACACCCUGGUCAUGUUGCUGAGGGACAUCAAUGAACGCUACACUCAGGAAUUUGAGAGCGCUGUGAUGUCACUUCCUGCCGAGCAAAGAACAAAGAUGGCCGCCGCCGUCGUCUCUGCGUCCUAAUCAGAUCACUGAGCCAAAGUUCACAUUUCUUUUUCCCAAAGCAGAUAUUUAUCAUGUAGUGACUUCCACACACACACACACACACACACACACACACACUGUUUGUUUUGCAGUGUUUUAUUAUUGCCCCCCUCCCUUUUUUAUUAUAAAUAUUGAUAUUCGGACUCAUUUCUGUCUCCUCAGAUGUUUAACGUUUUAUCUCUGAACACAUCGUUUCAUAAAAAGGUUCUUAAAGAAGCUUCUAUAUUUAUAGAAAGUACAGCAGCAUGUUCCUCACUUCCUCUCCUUCAUAUUCCGCAGAAGAACUGCUCCUUUCUCCAUGUUGUGAUUGUAACCAGAGUUUGGAGAUGUUUCCUUCACAUGGAUUUAAUAAAAUCCCAAAUGACUCAAAUGUGUAGAAGAAAAAAAGAAAAGUCAAUUUUGAAAACCUGAAA